AUGAGAGUCAUCAGUACCUGCUUGACAAUUCUAUCGGCUGCCUCUUUGGCGCAAGCAUUCUCUCCCGUCCGACCAUCUUCUUUGGGUCGCGGAGGAAGCCAAUUGCACUCCACCGCCGAGAAGACUGAAGGAAAGAAGGCCGGAGAGGAUGCCCCCCCAGUAAGCAUUGGAUGGGAUUCUCACCAAGCUGUCGAAAAGAUUCCCGAUUCUCUUGUGCGAGAGGGAGAUGGCCCAGAAGGAAACUACCCAAUGCGCUCCAAGUUCGAAAAGAUGUGUCGUGAAGCCCAAAUUUCCAUCACCAAGGCUAUUGAAGAUAUUGACGGAGAUGCCAAUUUCCGAGAAGAUUGCUGGACCCGUGCCAACGGCGGCGGUGGUAUGUCUCGAGUUCUUUCCGGCGGAAAGGUCUUUGAAAAGGCUGGAGUCAACCUAAGUGUUGUUUACGGAUCCAUGCCCCAAGAAGCACUUCAAGCCGCCACCGAACGUGGUAUCGACCGAAGCAAGGGAAUGGCGCCCGGUGAACGUGUUCCAUUCUUCGCCUGUGGAUUGUCCAGUGUCAUGCACCCCAAAAACCCCCACUGUCCAACUAUGCACUUCAACUACCGUUAUUUCGAGACUGAUGGUGGCGUGUGGUGGUUCGGAGGAGGUACCGAUAUCACUCCAUCCUACGUCAAUGAGGAGGACAUGAAGCACUUCCACGGAACAUACAAGGAAGUGUGCGACAAACACGACCCCGAGUACUACAAGGAGUUCAAGGCCUGGGCUGACCGAUACUUUGUCAUUCAACACCGUAACGAAACCCGUGGACUUGGAGGAAUCUUCUUUGACGACCAAAAUGACAAGGACCCCGAAGAGCACUUUGCGUUCAGUGAGGAAUGUCUGAACUCUGUUGUCAAGGCCUACGGACCCAUCAUUGAAAAGCACAAGAAUGACGAAUUCACAGAACAGGAGAAGGAAUGGCAAUUGAUGCGUCGGGGACGUUACGUCGAAUUCAACUUGGUCUAUGAUCGCGGAACAGUUUUCGGAUUGAAGACCGGUGGACGUAUUGAAAGUAUUCUUAUGAGUUUGCCCGAAACUGCCCGUUGGGAAUACAACCACAUCCCUGAACCAGGCACACCCGAGUACGACUUUAUCGAUGCCUGCAAAACGCCACGAGAAUGGGUUUAA